AUGCUAAAACUGAGGAGCUAAUUGGCACCAUGAAAGUCUUCUGUGGGCGGGCCAACCCAACCACGGGAUCUGUGGAGUGGCUGGAGGAGGAUGAGCAUUAUGAUUACCACCAGGAGAUCGCAAGGGGACGCGGGUUCGUGCCCCGGUCCGGGAAGAUCCCACAUGCCGCGGAGCGGCUGGGCCCAUGAGCCACAGCUGCUGAGCCUGCACGUCCGGAGCCUAUGCUCUGCAACGGAAGAGGCCACAGCAGUGAGAGGCCCGCGUACCGCAAAAAAAAAAAAAAAAAAAAAAAGGUGGAGAAAAGUAGAAAGGACCAGAUUUCAACUAAACACUCGCAGGUCAUCCUAUGCUGAUAUGCUGCAUGACAAAGACAGGAAUAUGAAAUAUUACCAAGGUAUCCGGGCUGCUGUGAGCAGGGUGAAGGACAAAGGACAGACGGCCUUGGUUCUUGACAUUGGCACUGGCACAGGACUCUUGUCAAUGAUGGCUGUCACGGCUGGUGCUGACUUCUGCUAUGCCAUUGAGGUUUUCAAACCUAUGGCUGAUGCUGCUGUAAAGAUUGUGGAGAAAAAUGGCUUCAGUGAUAAGAUUAAGAUUAUCAACAAGCAUUCCACUGAGGUGACCAUAGGGCCAGAUGGUGACAUGCCAUGCCGUGCCAACAUCCUGAUCACGGAGCUGUUUGACACGGAACUGAUUGGGGAGGGAGCACUGCCCUCCUAUGAACACGCACACAGGCAUCUCGUGCAGAAAAAUUGUGAGGCAGUGCCUCACAGAGCAACCGUCUACGCACAGCUGGUGGAGUCCAGGAGGAUGUGGUCAUGGAACAAGCUGUUUCCCAUCCGUGUUCAGACCAGCCUUGGAGAGCAAGUCAUUGUCCCCCCCUUGGAACUGGAGAGGUGUCCUGGCGCGCCCUCUGUCUAUGACAUUCAGCUGAACCAGGUGUCUCCCACUGACUUCACUGUCCUCAGCAACGUGCUGCCUAUGUUCAGUGUGGACUUCAGCAAGCAAGUCAGUAGCUCAACAGCCUCCCAUAGCAGGCAGUUUGAACCUCUGGCAUCUGGCCAAGCUCAGGUGGUUCUCUCCUGGUGGGAUAUUGAAAUGGACCCUGAGGGGAAGAUCAAGUGCACCACGGCCCCCUUCUGGGCACACUUGGAUCCAGAGGAACUCCAGUGGCGGGACCACUGGAUGCAGUGUGUGUACUUCCUGCCAGAAGAGGAGCCUGUUGUCCAGGGCUCAGCCCUCUGCCUGGUAGCCCACCAUGACGACUACUGUGUGUGGUACAGCCUCCAGAGGACCAGCCCCGAAAAGGAUGGGAGAGCCCACCCAGCACGCCCUGUGUGUGACUGCCAGGCUCACCUGCUCUGGAACCGGCCUCGGUUUGGAGAGAUCAAUGAUCAGAACAGAACUGAUCAAUACGUCCAGGCCCUGAGGACGGUGCUUAAGCCGGACAGUGUCUGCCUGUGCAUCAGUGACGGCAGUCUGCUCUCCAUACUGGCCCAUCACCUUGGGGCAGAGCAGGUAUUUACGAUAGAGAAUUCAGCAGCUUCUCAUAGACUGAUGAAAAAAAUCUUCAAGGCUAACCACUUGGAAGAUAAAAUUAAUAUAAUAGAGAAACGGCCUGAAUUAUUAACACCUGCAGACUUGGAGGGUAAAAAGGUUUCUCUCCUCCUGGGUGAGCCGUUCUUCACCACCAGCCUGCUUCCGUGGCACAACCUGUACUUCUGGUAUGUACGGACUGCUGUGGACAGGCACCUGGCGCCUGGCGCUGUGGUGAUGCCCCAGGCUGCCUCGCUGCACAUGAUGGUCGUGGAGUUCAGGGACCUGUGGAGGAUCCGGAGCCCCUGUGGUGACUGUGAAGGCUUCAGUGUGCACAUCAUGGAUGAUAUGAUUAAGCACGCCCUCGACUUCAGGGAGAGCAAGGAGGCCGAGCCCCACCCACUGUGGGAGUACCCGUGCCGCAGCCGCUCCGAGCCCCAGCAGAUCCUGACCUUUGAUUUUCGGCAGCCGGUCCCCCUGCAGCCUGUCUGUGCUGAGGGUGCCAUCGAGCUGAAGAGGUCUGGGAGGAGCCACGGAGCCGUCCUGUGGAUGGAAUACCACCUGACCCCGGACAGCACGGUCAGCACCGGCCUCCUGAAGCCUGCGGAGGACAAGGGGUACUGUUGCUGGAACCCCCACUGCAAGCAGGCUGUGUACUUCUUCAACACCACACUAGACCCCAGAGUGCCACCAGGUGGCCCCCAGACCAUCACCUACACCGUGGAGUUCAACCCCCACACUGGAGAUGUCACUGUGGAUUUCACGCUCUCAGAUGCCCUGGACCGUGGGUGCUGACCCUCACUUGUUGAGAAAUAAAGUGGCUGAGGGUGCCAGGCUCUGAAUGGUGUGGCUUUCUGUGAAGGAAGGUGAAGGUGCCUCUCCUUUCAGGGCCCGGCUCGGCCUCUGGGCUUGGAGGAGACCUCUUCCCUUUUUGUGUUUUUGCUCUGUGGCUCCUUGCUCCAGAUAUGGUGGGAAGCGGGGAUGGCUUUGGAGCUGAGGAGGGGCCAAGGAGCCCACCCUGCAGUGGUUAUGAAGUGCUCAGAAAGCUCCAAGGCUACAGCGUCCCUCCUACCCAACCAGGGAGUGGAGCCAGAGUUGACUGGGCUGGGCAGCUUGGGCUGCUCUUGGCUAUGCAGUGCUGGGGUGGGCAUGCUGCUCUCGUGGGAGCUGGCCUAGCCUGGCCUGCACUGGGGACCUUUGAGUCCCACCUGCCUGCUUCAGCUAGGAGGGGCUUCUGGGGGCAGAGUCGCAGACUUAUGGCUGGGCCCCAGGCCUUGAAGACCCUGGCAGGGCCAGGCCAAAGACCGAGUUCAGACCCUUUCACUUGCUAAGUAGUGGCACCAGUCCACAUUUGUAAGGGUCUGGCCUCCAUGUGCAGCACCAGCAGGUGACCAAGACCAGCACCUAGACACCAGGCUGCUUUUCAGAGGAUAGGGAGGAGGCUGUCCCAAAGCAGUUCCUCAGAGGCAGACCCAGGAAACCAGCCAUCAGAAGGGAGCCAGGAGGUACGGCCCUUUCCCGUGUGCCCCUCUUUUAGCAGAAGGACCUCGUCCCCUAGAAGUCUGGGGCGGAUGGGUAUGAGUGCAGUCACCCCGACGUUGCCUUGCCAGAGAAGGUCAGAGAGCCCCAAGGAGGCCCUAGCCUUGUUUCUUCCCACACUCAAGGUGCCCUUCUGCUGUUUACUCCCAGUUCCAGAGGGAGUAAGAGAACCCAAGGGGCCUGAUUUCCUGGUGGUUCAGGGCAGACUCAGGCUGUGCCCAUCCUGUGGGGAGAGGCAGGAAAGGCAGGCCCCCCACAGUGGCCUCCCCACAGCCCCGCUUGGCCGCCUAGCCCCUUGGAGUCAGAGCAGGGCCCAGCCUAGCUUUUCACUUAAAUGAGUGGAGAACACCAGCCUUGAGCCUCACAGUUUUAUUUUUUCCUCAUUAUCCAUCCUUUCAGCACCAGUAAAGGAAAAAAAAAACACCUCUCUUUUCAAAAUAUUUUAUCAGGUGUAAAGAUUGUUUUUCUUCUAGGGAAGAAUCGUCUGGAUAUAUAUUUGAUAAUGUUCUUACCAAAACCUCAGGUGUGCUUACCAUAUAAAACCCCUAAUGUCCCAUGAGGAUACAAUACAGAAAAAAAUACAGAAAUUAAAAAAGUCUUUUUUUCUUUUUUAAAACAGUAUUUCUAAAUCUCAGCAAGUUAAUACAAUAGUUAAAAAGCAUCAAGAUUAAUAUCCAUACUUAAAACUCAAGGUGGUCUGGACAAAUGAAAUGACCGUUUUCUUCCAAAGUUGACCCCUGCCUCCUGCCUUCUCUGGAGGAGGCUGGGCCCGGGGCAGGUGCAGGGCCUUGGGGAUUUGGGUGACCCCUGGUCCAUCCUUCCCAGGCCUAGAUGCCACAGAAACAUCUGAGAUAUUUCUUUUCUUUCUUUUUUAAAAAUCGGAAUGGAAAAGUCUGGCUUGUACAUAGACCCGGGGGUGCACAGGCUUGAUGAAACUCGUGGCUGGGUGAUGGCGGCCUCAGUGCUGAUGCCCUGCCAGAGGGCAGUGCGAGGGGAGAGGGGAGCCAGGCCAGCUCUGCUCUGGACACUAGGCAGGCUGGGCAGAGGUGACCUUGUUAGGACAGGAAAUGACUGAGGCACAGGGAGGUAUGACUUGCCUAAGGCCGCCCUGUGAGUAGGGAGAGAAGCAUGGCCCCCUGUGCCUUGGCUCCUCCCCAGCUGCCCUGGGAGGCAGGCGGCCCCUCUGAAGGAUGAAAGCUGUGCUGGAGUCGCUCUGCUUCAGGAGCCCUGGCCCUGCUUCCGCUGCUGUCCUGGGUACACAGCUGACCCGCAGCCUAGGGGCCUCGGCUCAGGCCCAGACAUCUAGGCAUCACAUCUGCCCCGUUGAGCUCCACCUGUGAGCAGAUUCCUGGCUGCUCCUGGGAUUGGAGACCUCUGAUCCAGUGAAGCCUAGCCAGGGCCUCAAGAGCCACAGCCUUGGAGGAGGGGUGCAGCAGAGAGCCCAAGGAGGACUACACCCUAGACGGUGAGCAGCCCCUCCUGGCUUGACUUGGGGGGUGGGACUGGGGGCCUGGCCAGGGAAGUGCUCCAAGCAGUGAGGCCCUCAGCUCAGCUGCUGCCCCAGCCAGGGGCAUUCAGACCAACCAGUGCCACUGUGAGUGUGGCUCUCAGGAGUGUCUUACUCCAGCGCAGGCCUGGCCUCUGGCCUUGGCCCCCUCUUGGUCCCUCUUGCAGCUCAGUGGGUGACAAGGCACAGCAUCAGCUUAUUGGCACCAGGAGGCUCCUGGCAGCAUGGUCCUGGUGUGUCCCCAGCCUCGUUGGGCAGAACUGGCCUCGAGCCAGGCGGGCACAUGGGUUGGGGCGCUGUGAAGAGGGGAGACCAUUGGGAGUUGUCAGUAACAGCUCCCAGAGUCGAAGGGGCCUCGCACCUGGAAGCAGACAAAACCCUCCCUGCGUGACUCUGGGGGGCGUCCCCAGGUGAGUUUAAAAAGGCCAGUGGGCAGAGGCAGUGCUGCCGUGGGAUGAGGAGCUGUGGGCUUCACCUGCAGGCUCUGCCAUGCUGUGCGCGUGUGCCUGGGGCUGGCCCUGGUCACAUGGUGGCAGAGUGGAUGCCAGCCAGUAUCACUCCCUGCCUGGGGCGAGCAGUGGCCAUUGGCCUUGCCACCCCCGGCCUGCACGCUGGUGAGGGGACAGGCUGCUCUGUGCCUUGGCUUCCAGCCCCUUUGUCCAGGGCCCCCAGAUCAGGUUGCUGUUGAGGAUUGGCCUGGGAGGACAGAGCCGCAGCCCCACCCAGAGGCAGGUGGACGGUUCCUGAGCUCAGCCAGCACGUGGAUGGGGACAGUCCCCAGGAAAAGAUUGGUCCCAAACCAGAAGGGUGUCCGGAGGGGAGACAGGAUCAGGCAGAAAGAGGAUGUGUUGGUUUUGACAGAAGAGAAGCUACAAAUCUAUCAUUUUCAAAACCAGAAGUUCCCCUCCCCCCUAAUGCCGUGAGUUGCCCUUUUUCCUGUAAAAAAGUGAUGCUCUUUCCUUGGAUUCCCGUCUAUGGCUCCAUUGCCCAGAUUGGAGUCUCCAAGGGAGGCUCCAGGCUCUGCUGUGCCUGUCUUAGGAAAAGCAGCAUUCUCCCUCGUGGCUUGCAGACCCUUUAAAGUGAAGGGUUGUUUUUGUUCUUAACUUUUUUGAUUUUCUUUAAAAUGUAAUCGCCCUUGAAUGCAAGACCCUGGGGAAGAGCCCGGGCUCGCUGGUAACUGGACACAGCCCUCACGGUCCCUGCUCAUGAGCUGUCCAGGCUGGAGGUGGCGAGCCGGCGGCCGUGUGUCCAGGAAUGCUUCUUUGGCUGGUUCUGAUUGUGUUUGGAGUUUGGCCUUGGGUGAGGCCCAAGUGAGGGGUCUGUGGCUACAGCGUGGCACAUGGCAUGCGGGCAGCGUGCAUGCGAGGGUGCAGGCAUGCGAGACAACAUGGCAGCAGACAAAAAUAAUGAACCCUGGACGAAGCUUGAAAAGAGAUACAAAGAGUACAGAAACCCGGUUCUCAUACUAACCCACGGGUUACAAACUAGGUUGUGCUGUAGAUUUGUAGAAAAUAACAAUUUGAAAGAAUGGCACUGGUUGGGCAGCCAGGACUCCCAAGCCCGGCCUGACUCCUGUCCAUGGCGAGUGCCCAGAGGUGCUGGGCAGCGCUGGUUCCAGCUCACCCAGGACUGGCUGCAGCUCUCCCAGGCCCCUGCCCGCCUCCCCCAGCACGGGUGGUGCUCGCUGAGGGGACAUGGCCAGGGAGGGACUGCAGCUCAGAGGGCUGGUGGAGGCCCUGCUGCUCGUGAUGACUUGGCCCAUUUAUGCCUCCUCCUCCCCCGCAGAUACCAUCAGUCGCAUGGCCACCGGGAGGUGGUCUGUCAGGCCCGACAGCUGGGUGAUGAAACUGAAUUCUUCUACCUCCUGGGCGGGGGGAGGAGAAACAUCCCAGUUAGACCCAAAGGGCAUCCUGUAAAGGAGAGGCCUGGCCCAGACCUUCCUGAAGGCAGAGGGGUGGGAGGAUCCAUGGGCCCCAAAGGCCUCCUGGAUGGGCACGUCCCAUUUCCAGAGGAGAGCUCAGUGCUGCCAAGGGGUGCAGGGCUAGGGUCCCCUAUGCCCAGCCCAGCCCAGCCCAGACUCACGGCCUUCCAGUCUGGGCACAGCCCCUCCUCCCCGUGCAGCAUGUAGUCAAUGCGCCUGCCGUUGCCCUUCAGCAGCUCUUUGCGUCCCUUCUGGCCUCCCCCAGGGCUCUUGCUGCUGGGGAAGGCGAGGUACUCGCGACGACCUUCCUCGCUCUCCAGGACCCUGCUCACACAGAAGGCACAGGAAGGCAAGGUGAGCCCCGCCCCCGCUGCGGUCCAGGUCCUGAGUGUGGAGCCGCGUUCUGCCCGCAAGUCAGACCAAACCCCUGCAUUUAAGAUCUGUCUUCCCUGUGAGCCCCAAAAGGGACUGGGAUGGACAGAGACCGCACCUGAGUCUGAGUUCCUGACCGACCUGGGCCACUCCAGAAUCUGCCUGGGAGCGUCCCAUGUCCACCGUGGGCUGGCAGCACUCUCUUUCCCUUUCUGAACUAGAACGUUGGCACCACCCAGAGCCUGUGACCAAGCUGGGGACAGAACUGCCCAGCCCCUCUCCAGGAUGGUUUCUGCUCUGAGCUAAGAGUGUCCUGUUUUGGGGAACUUGAUCUUUGCAGUGAGCCUCAGGGACCUUCCUCUUCUGGAAGUCCCCAGGCCUCCCAUGACUCUUGUUUCAGGUCAGCAGGGGGCCAGGGGAGCCAGGAGACAACCAGACCCCAUCCCAGGACUGGACUGCUGUGUCGGUCAGUCCCUGAGUGGUUUUGCCAUCAAGCCUCUGAGCCUCCACUGUCCCUCCUAACACAAGAAUGAUGACUGUGGCCCCAGAACACUUUGGGGACCAGGUGUGUGAAGAAAGGAAUAAGGUAGGAUGCAGCUGUCGCCCCAUUUCUCAGUGGAAGGAAACUGAUAGGGAUGCGUAUGUGUUGGUCAAGGAUCUACAGGGAGGGCAGGGCGCUCAGGUGGAAUGUUACGCCCUGAGUCUGGGUCUUCUGACUCCUUGACUGCCAUCUGCUUCCUGCCAGGUUUCCUCCAGAGCCUGAAAAUCGGUGGUAAGGAGCCUUCAAGGAACACCCCAUCUCAGAGGGCAGAUGCAGGCCAAUGUUGGGAGUGAGAGGUGCAGCCACUGAGAGACACUACACAGGCCUGCCUGCCCGGCUAACGCCUGGACAAAUGGACAGGGCACCUGGACAGGCACAGCCAGCAAACAUGGAUUUCUGCAGGGUCUUUAUCAGCCUUGAGAUAAAUAACACUAAUGACAUGCAGAACGUAGUCAUAUCUCAGAAAUAUAAUCCAUUACUGUCCUUUGCCUUUGAUAAUUAAUUCCAGCAUCAAUGAUCUAAGAGUUACUGAUAGUCAUUUUUAAAUCAUCAUCUCAUAAAAAGAUAAUUUUCUCGGCAUAGGAUGAUGUUUCAAAUUUAGUCUAUAAUUAAUUGGCUCAAAUUAGCUGCAAGGAGCCAUUGCCGUGGCUCUGUGCAGUCUCAGGAUGUGAAUUAUAAAUUGGCUCUGCUGCUGGCCUCUCAACUGUGUCCUUUUUGGAAGUCUCGGGUUCAAGAAUGCAGUUUGGCUGGGAUGGAACGGUCUCUACUUUGAAAAGGACAGGCUUGUCUUAUCUCUGUUCGUGUUUUUAUUUGCCUAAUGGGUGGCUACCAGCUGCCGGGCUCCUGCAGCAGAUGCCAUCCCCAGGGCUCUUCGGCAGGGGUGUCUGCAGCGCUUGGCCUCGCCCUCGGAGAUUCUGGUCCUUUUUCCUGUGCCCAAGGCAGGCUGGGGCUCAGGGCAGGCCAAGCUCUGGUAGAGUGGACCCGGACUCUGGGUGCUGGUGUAGGAAACACCACCUCGAGGCCCCAGGCCUACUCGGAGGCUUCUUCUUGGUAAGGAUACCCCUGAGGCAUGAGGUCCACCACAGCCUCCGCCCACCCCCAGCUUGCCUCCCUGAGGCUCUCACAGGCGUCGUCCCAUGGGGCUGUGCGCUCUUGUCUGCCCGCAGAGCCCAUCUCUCCACACCUGUUUCUGGGUUGGUGCUCAUCCCAGACCUGAGAGCUGCCUGGAUCUGCCUACCCUGCCUGACCACAGCAGCAUGGGUGCUGGGUGCUUACUUUUGCAGAUUGUCAGGGGUGCACACUUCCUCGUCGUAGAGACCGUCCUUGUCCAAUAGGGUACCUGGGGACAAGGGGGUGAGAGUGGUCACUGCGGGCAGGGCCCAGCCAGCCUCAAGGAGGGCUGCCUCCCUGGGGCAGUAGGGUUAGGCCAGGGCUUCUGUGGGCUGGGCAGCUGAGUGCCCCCCCUCUCCCCAGCAGUGAGGUCUUGGGGGCAGGUCUCUCCGGGAAGCCCAUGGGGUAUCAGGCCUCGGCAGUGCCCCUCCCCUGCCCCAGUCCCCCUCCCCUCCCCCCCAGAGCCCGUGCCCAGCCCCAGCUCACCAAUUGCCCAUGGCUUCUCCUCCCCAGGCCCCAGGCGGCAGGGGUCCUUGUAACGUGUAAACAGGGAGUGCUGCUGCUCCAGCUUGUCGUCUGUGCAGGGAGGGAGGGAGUGCUGAGGAGCUCCGGGUGUCUGGCCUGUCCUGGAGGGCCACCUGCCCCUGGUUCCGGUCUGACCAGAGUCACCAGGUCCCUGUCCCUCAGGUAACUGCCUCUGGGUGGGGUUUGUGUCCCCAGACAGAUGGAUCUGUGGUUCAUCUGUCACUGGGUUUCUGUGUCCUUGAGAAUGCCCCCUUUAACAGCCCUCAGAAUUGUGCCUGGUGGGACUUUCCUGGUGGUCCAGUGGUUAAGACUCCACGCUCCCAAUGCAGGGGGCCCGAGUUCAAUCCCGGAUCAGGGAACUAGAUCCUGCAUGCCACAACUAAAAGCGCCCGUGUGCCACAACUAAAAAAAAGAUCCUGCACGCGGCAACAAAGAUCCCGCGUGCCGCAACUAAGACCCGGCACAGCCAAAUAAAUAAAUGUUUUAAAAAAAAAAAGAAUUGUGCCUGGUACAAAGUAAGAGCUGAAUACAGACUUGGUGAGUAUCAUUAGCUAACCCCAUUAGUCUGGGUUUCAGAGGCUCCCAGCCUUCCCUGCCAGAGGUUC